AUGUGUGUUGGAAGAAUCAUUGAAAUCGGGGACGACGUUGAGGGUUUCGAGAUUGGAGAACGCGUGGUAAGCCACGGGCACCUCAAGGAGACGCACACAUGGCGCGCGGGUGGUGUCCUCAAGAUGCAUGAUCAGAUGACGUGGAAAGAGGCGGUCUGCUAUGAUCCAGCCCAUUUUGCGAUGUCCGCUAUUCGUGAUGGAAAAGUUCGCGUUGGUGAGCGGGUUGCUGUCUUUGGGCUUGGUGCCAUUGGAUUGAUGACGGUGCAGAUGGCGCGGAUCGCCGGGGCUGAUUUCGUCGCUGCCGUAGACCCGAUUGAAGGACGGCGGAAAGUCGCUGAAAAGACGGGGGCGGAACUUGUGAUUGACCCAACUGCCUGCAAUGUUGGCGAAGUGCUCAAAGAAGCGACCGGCGGACUUGGCGUUGAUGUGGCUGUAGAAACCAGUGCAGUGUACAAAGCACUUGAUGAUGCCAUUCGCAGCGUCACUUUUGAGGGAACAAUCGUCUACGCUGGACGCGCGAAAGAAUGCACUGGUGGACUUGACCUCGGGGCUGUCGCGCAUGUCAACAUUCCGAACAUAAUCUUUGCACGCGCCAACAGCGAUCCGAACCGCGAUCAUCCGCGUUGGAAUUUCAGACGUAUCAUUGAUACCUGUUGGAAAUGGCUUGCCGCAGGGCGAUUUGACUGUGAAGAUGUCGUUGAUCCAGUGGUGCCGUUUGAAGAUUCAGUCGAAGCCUACAUAGAGAUGGACAAUCAUCCCGAACGGAGCGUCAAAUUGGGGGUGUCCUUUGGUUGA